AUGGCCUUCAUCGGAGAUUCUUCCUCUUUCUCCUCUUCCGUCACCCGUCAAUGGGCUCAUGAUGUAUUCUUGAGCUUUAGAGGCGAAGAUACUAGAAACAAUUUUACUGCUCAUCUAUAUGCAGCUCUGUGUCAAAAUGGAAUCAACACUUAUAUAGAUAACGACCUCCAAAGAGGAGAGAAUAUUUCCCCAGCCCUUCUCAAAGCUAUUGAAAAGUCAAGAAUUUCAGUCAUUGUACUCUCUCAAAACUAUGCAUCUUCCUCGUGGUGCUUGGAUGAACUUUCGAAGAUCCUUGAGUGUAAAGAAAGAAAGAGACAAAUUGUUCUACCAUUGUUUUACAAGGUAGAUCCAUCAGAAGUACGAUAUCAAAAAAAUAGUUUUGAAAAAGCAUUUGUCAAACAUGAAGAAAGAUUCAAAGAUGAUCAAAUAAAGGUGCAAAGGUGGAAGACAGCCCUAACACAAGUAGCCAAUUUGUCCGGGUGCGAUUUAAGGAACAGGAAUGAGCAUGACUUUAUUCAGGAAAUCAUUGAAUGGGUGAAUUUGAUGUUAGUAAAAGAGACGACAUAUUUGCAAGUUGCCCAGUAUCCAGUUGGAAUAGAGUCUCGAGUACAAGAUGUGAAGGCCCUUUUAGAUAUAAAGAACAAAGACAAUAAAUGCAUGGUAGGGAUCAUCGGAACUGGUGGAAUCGGUAAAACAACUCUAGCCAAAGCCAUCUACAACUCGAUAACUUCUCAAUUUGAAGGUAGUUGUUUUCUUGAAAACAUUAGAGAAAAUUCCAGCCAAAAGAAUGGUUUGGUCAAUUUACAAAAUAAACUUUUAUCAAAGAUCUUAAGAGGUUCAAGUCAAAUGGUUGACAAUGUUGAUCAAGGUGUUACUUUGAUAGAGAAGAGGCUUCACCUAAAAAUGAUACUUUUAGUUCUUGAUGAUGUGGAUGAGUUAGUCCAAUUAGAAAGGUUAGCUGGAAAAAUUGAUUGGUUUGGCUUAGGAAGUAGAAUCAUUAUAACAACAAGAAAUAAACAUUUACUUCGUGCACAUGAUCGAGUUGAUUCAAUUUACCAUGUUAAUGGGUUGGGUAAGUAUGAGGCUCUUCAGCUUUUUAGUUGGAAUGCCUUCAAAAGUGACAAACCUAAUGGCAAUUAUGUUGAAGUCAUAGAAGAUGCAAUACGUUAUUGUGGUGGAUUGCCACUAGCUUUAAUAGUGCUCGGCUCUACUCUAAAAGGUAGAGACAUACUCUAUUGGAAAAGCAAAUUGGACGAGACAUCGUGUAGAAUAUGUUCGAGAAAUGAUAGACGGUUGUCGUUUCCACUCAGACAGUGGUAUUGA